CAACUUUUCAUUGAACCUUGAAAUUCUUGUUUCAUUUUGUCAAUUUGUUUCAUACCUUUUUUUUGGUGGAUAUUUCUCUAGCUUUGCAGUCAGACUGAGAACUGGUUAGGAGGCAGAUUAAAAAGAAGACGAAGCGAAAUUUAGGUCUUAUUCGACGAGUUGUAAAAUGAAUAACCAAUCGCAUUACAGCACGCUGGAGCCGGUUGUAGGGCAUUCGAAUCAACCCGGGUUGGAAGCCACUGCGGAUCAUAUACCAAGCGAUGUACUGCACAAAAACGAGUACGAUAACUUCCCAAUCGAGGGCACGGCAGGGAAAGAUGAGAAAAAGAUAUUUGGUCUAAAGAGGAGAUUAUUUUUCAUUGUUGCUGGUUUACUCGCUCUUCUUGUCGUUGGUGCAAUCGUAGGAGGAGUAGUAGGAGGUACAAGACCGAAGAGCAAGGCAAAAUCCAAUCCAGAAACCUCAGAGCCAACGCCAACUCCAUCGACACAACCUCCUACCGCAAACAACACCGCGCCACCAUCAGAAUCGAAUUUGAUGGAAGGCUCGCAGUUGGCAUCAGUAAGCAUAGAAGUCGUGAAAAUUAUCUAACUAAGCUAACAUUAGGAAGGCAAACUGGACAGAUAGCAAAAAGAAUCAACACCACGCAGUAUUUUAUCAAAAUAAAACGGGAGGGUUGAUGGCAUCACUCUGGGACUCACAGAAUCAGUCAUGGGUGUCUUCAACCGUGUCCAUACCAACUCUUCAAAUCGACCCUGUUUUAAAUGGUACCGCAAUUGCAGCUGACGUCAAGAACCAUGACUUUCAGCUUAACGUCUAUUUCUACACCACCACGCAUAAGAUUGUCGAAUUCUAUACAAAGGACCAACAGGCUCGGACUUGGUCAGAGGGGACUUUGACCGAUAAAGCCCACGAAGGACAUGCUGGCUCUAAACUCGCUGCAUACUUUCAGAAGUGCGACUCUCCAAAGUGUUCCAAUGCCACAGUUCUCACUUACCAGGAUCCCAACCAAAAUGUUCGAUAUGCGAAUUCCUCGGAUUGGUCAAAAGUUGGGUAUGUGUUCAAAGAUAAGGUGGCACCAGGGACAGGAUUGGCUUUAAUGCCGCUCGGAGAUGGGAUUUUGAAAUUAUAUGCUGAAACAGAUCAAAUCACCCAAGAAUCAACGAAGAAUGGGAUUUCAGCAUGGCAGGCAGGUAUGUAACGGUGGUUUCUCGUAUCAUUAUGCUGGUAAAUAUCUUGAUUAGCGCUGACCUAUCUCUAUGUUAUAGUCACUUCAUUGGUAACGAAAACCGAAGUGGCUAAACAGUUUUCCGCCAUCCCAAUAAAAAACAGAAAUCAAGUUUUCGGCGAUAUCUUCGUCACAUCACUUUUUCCGAAUGGUACGGUAUCAGGUCAAUGGUGCCAAGAUAGCAAGUGGGGUAGUACAUCGCUACCUAGAAUCAGCGGAUCCGAAACAAGAAAUUUCACAGCUAUUGCUACGAACCAGGACCAGCGAUUUUAUGGUAUCUCAGGAGGACAGAUUCAUGAAUACACGAUCGAUGGGCAGAUUCCACUGAACUGGAAUUACAAUGGUGUCAUACUGUCAUGAGCCUAUUUUUGAAUUGGAUCGAGAUGUUUAUUAGAUGUUGUGAUGGAUACCCCCUUUUUUGUAUAUUAGAUUAAUUUUGACGGCCGAGGAACGACGAGUCGACGACGACAUAUAAUUAGAGAGAGUAGUGUUUGAUUUUGGAGCUUGAAUGUAAAUGAAACAAUUCU